GACUAGAAGAAAAAGAAAAAGAAAGCUUAGCUAGCACACUCAUCGACAAGCACUAUAAAAAAUAGUACUAUCUAAUAUCAUUAUAAAGUGAGUUAUCUAAUAACAUUUUAGAUAGACAUUGUGGUUAGUGAGAAAAAAGUUUGAUAGCACACAGAAAAGGAUUUUUUUGGAAUAAUAAUGGGUUCUCUUAUGGCAGGAUGGGACUCUAAAUCAGCAACACUUAAGAGGAACCGCUCCCUUACCAAAGAUGAAAUUGACGCUUAUUGGAGAUCAAAGAAGAAGAUAGAGGAAGAACAUCUUAGAGCUAUUUCAAAUUUAGCACAAGUUGUUCAGACAAGUACAACAUCAAUUGAAGUUGAGAAGAAGCUUCAAAGGGCAAUUACCAUGCCCUUAGGUCGUGGAAAUGAGUCAUUACAUUUGAAUAUUGACUCAAAUUUGGAGGAGCUUAUCAAGAAAAAUGGAUGGUGGACCAAGAGUAGCUGGGCAUUUCUGAAUGAGCCUCCAGUUACUGAAUCUUCAUCCAACAAGUACGUGUCUCAAUUUCAUGUUGCAAACAUGGGAACUACUCAUGGAGAUGGAAUCAGUGCUUGACACCGAUGAUGAUGCAUGAAUCUAACUUAAUACUAAGAUAUGUGAAUAUAUUGGUUAAUAUUAUGUGUGAUGGAAUGGUGUUUGUGUUUUUGAACCAAUUAAUAUAUAGUGGGGUUUGUUCUUUGAGUUA